UUUUGAUUGCUUUUCCUCGGUGAGAAUGGCAAGGAUUCGAAUUCCUAGCACCCUUGUUGUACUUUUCGUUGCGGUUCAGACUGGAUUCUUGCUCUUCAUGUAUGCCCGGUACAGUAACUUCAUGCCUCAGUCUGAGGAGAAACCGUCUCAAGUCCACAUCCUCAUUCUCUCUUCCUGGCGCUCGGGAUCUUCUUUUGUUGGUCAGCUUUUCAGCCAGCACCCCAGUGUCUUCUACCUGAUGGAGCCUGCGUGGCACGUGUGGGUUACCAUGUACCAGAACAGUGCCAAAGUCUUACACAUGGCAGUACGGGACCUAGUCAGGUCGGUCUUUCUGUGUGAUAUGUCUGUGUUUGAUGCUUACAUGCCUUGGGAAAGAAACUUAUCUGACCUUUUCCAGUGGGCAGUGAGUCGGGCUUUGUGUUCAGCUCCUGCUUGUGACUUCUUUCAACGUACUGACAUAACCAGUGAGAUGGCAUGCAAGACUCUUUGUGGACGGUACCCAUUCAGCAAGGUGGAGGAAGCCUGCAAAACUUACAGCCAUGUUGUCAUCAAGGAGGUUCGAUUCUUUGACUUGAAGGUCCUCUAUCCCCUUCUCACAGAUCCAUCCUUGAACCUCAAAAUCAUUCACUUGGUCCGUGACCCCAGGGCAGUUGUCAAGUCACGGGAACAGUCAGUCAAAGCAUUAGCCCGUGACAAUGGCAUUGUUUUGAGUACCAAUGGCACUAAAGUGGAAGACAGCAAAUACAGAGUAAUGCAAGAGAUCUGCAGAAGUCAUGUUCAGAUUUAUGAAACAGCGACUCUAAAACCACCGAGUUUCCUUAAAGAUCGCUAUUUAAUGAUCCGUUUUGAAGAUCUGGUCAGAGAUCCAUUAUCAGAAAUCUCAGAAAUGUAUAAAUUUGCAGAUCUUAGUCUGACCCCUGUGCUCAAAAGCUGGAUCUAUAAUAUCACACAUGGAGAGGGACCAGGAAAAAAAAAGGAAGCCUUCAAAAUCACAUCUCGAGAUGCAGUCAGUGUUUCACAGGCCUGGAGAAAUGUUCUUUCCUUCCAGAAAAUUAAGAAAAUACAGGAAGUUUGCAGAGGUGCUAUAAACAUGCUUGGCUAUCAGCUGGUGGAUUCAGAAAAAGAACAAAGAGACCUGUCAUUGGAUUUAGUACUGCCGAGACGACAAAAUCAAUUCACUUGGUCAUCAUUUCAUCCAAAGCACUGAGAUAC